CUCCCUCUCUGUCUCUCCCUCAUUCACUCUUUCCCCCCGUCUCAUUCACCCUCUCCCUCUCUCUCUCUUUCUCUCUGUCUCCACCCCUCCUCCUCCCAGUUUCGUGAUGCCUCCUUGGAACCUGGGAAGAUUCCAGAGGAGGGCCAACGAGAAGUUGAAAUACGCCAGCCUGGCUGUCCUGGUGAUCCAGAACGCCUCCGUCAUCCUGUGCAUCCGCUACGUUCGGACUGUGCCCGGGAACAAGUUCUUUUCCACUUCGGCCGUCGUGAUGGUGGAGCUCUUCAAGCUCAGCACGUGCCUGGUGCUGAUUCUGGGCCAGAAGCGAGGCAAUCUGAAGGAGUUUGUGAUGUACUUGUACAAGGGGCUCAUCGUGGAAUACAUGGACGUGCUGAAGAUGGCAGUGCCGUCGCUGAUCUACACACUACAGAACAACCUUCAGUACGUCGCCAUCUCCAACCUGCCUGUGGCUACAUUCCAGGUGAUGUACCAGUUCAAGAUCCUUACCACGGCCGUGUUCUCGGUGCUGAUGCUGAAGAAGAGCCUGUCGCGGCUGCAGUGGGUCUCGCUGGUCAUCCUCUUCACUGGCAUCGCCAUCGUGCAGGUGACGCAGGAGGAGGGCAAGGCCGGUCGGGACCGGGCGCCGGGCCAGAACUACCUGGUGGGCCUGCUAGCAGUCUUGGUGUCCUGCGUCUCCUCCGGUUUUGCGGGCGUCUACUUCGAGAAGAUCCUGAAGGGCACCAGCGCCUCCAUUUGGCUGCGCAAUGUGCAGCUGGGCAUCUUUGGCACCGUGCUGGGGUUGGCCGCCAUGUCGUGCAAGGACGGCUCAGCCAUCGCAGAGAAAGGGUUCUUCUUCGCCUACACGCCCAUGGUGUGGUCGGUGGUGCUGAACCAGGCGGUUGGCGGCCUCCUGGUCGCCAUGGUGGUGAAAUACGCGGACAAUAUCCUCAAGGGCUUCGCCGCCUCCCUGUCCAUCGUCAUCUCCACCGUGGCGUCCGUCCACAUCUUCGGCUUCCACGUUGACCUGUACUUUGCGCUGGGGGCCAGCCUGGUCAUCGCCGCCGUCUAUCUCUACAGCCUUCCCAAGGCCCCGGCUCCGGCCUCCUCGUCGCUGCCGCCUGCCUCGUCGCUCAGCGCCGAGCCCGACAGCUACAGCACAAAGUUAGUCAUCAAGUGAAAGUGGAGGGUAGGGCGGGAGUGUCCGACCGAUACGUUUGUCUGAGCCGAAUGCGCACGUGUUUGCCCUCUCUCUUUUUCUCUCUCUGUCUGUAUGGUGUGCACGUCCCUCUCUCUCUGUCUGUAUGGUGUGCACGUCCCUCUGUCUC